AUGGGGUCGGUGUGCUUUAAAGCCCAAAAGGAAGCGGAAGAGGGGGAGAGAGAGCAGAAUAAAUCAAGGGAAGAGCAGCGGCAGCAGGCACAACCCGAAUCUGGUCAGUCCCAGCAGCAGCAGCAGCAGCAGCAACUGCAGGAGGCGGAGGGAGCAGUGGCAGAGAAGCGGCAGGAGGAACAGCCACAAUCCGACGAGCAGAGACAACCGUCUGAUGGUGCUGUACUUACGGAUCAAGGGCCUGGGAAAGCCCAGCCAUCCGAGCAACAGCAGGCCGCACAUGGAGACAGGGCGGCGGAAAGUAACGGCAUACCAGCAGGACCAGCAGCGUCACAACCCCUAAUGCAACCACAGCCACAGGCACAGCCCCAGCUAGCUUCAGCAACAGACUCUUCAGCAGCACCAGUUCACAACAGUAGCGACUACAGCAACAACAACAACACCAGUGGCGGUGGCACCGGCAGUGGUAACGGCAGUGGCAAGGCAGCAGCGGGCCCUGAGUUUCGACGAAUGGCACUGGAGGAGCUGAUGGCAGCUACCAACAACUUCAGUGAGAAGAACGUGGUAUCAGAGGGCGGGAGGCAGGCACUGAACGUGGUGUACCGGGGGGUGCUGGGGCCAGAGGGGCUGCCAGUGGCAGUGAAGCGGUUCCAGAAGAAGGAGUGGGAGAACGCACAGCAGUUUGCGGGGUACGCGCUGGGGCUGGAAUGGCUGCAAGUGGCAGUGAAGCGGUUCCAGAAGAAGGAGUGGGAGAACGCCCAGCAGUUUGCAGUGAGUGGUGGAUUGUGUUUGGCUGACCGCCGCCUCCCCUUAUGCUUCUGCGCUGGUCCUGUCCCGCCUCGCUUCGCAGGUCCUCCGCACUCAUCCGUGCUCCUGCUCGCCCCCACUGCCGCUCUGGCGAGCAAUGCGCCCUCGCCCGUCCUUCCCUUAGCGUUCCGCGCUGCCAGUGCCUCUCGGGCGGUGGGGAUCUCUCGUCCCUUCUUCCUCCAUGCCCGCGGCGACUUUCUUGCAGAUGCCACUCCUCCUCCCAUCUCCCUCCCUGCUUACGCUGCAGAUCUAGCGAACGUGCCUCGCCCCUUGCCCUUCCCUCGUUGUGCCGCUGCGGAUCAGGCGAGCCAGACUCGCCAGUCCGUCUUCUAUCUCGUUGCCAAUGCUCAUCAGGCGAGCGCGCCCCGCCUCCCUGCCUCCCAUCAUGGUGCCGACGCGGAGCAGGCGAGCGCGGCCCUCCGUUCCACCCUCCUCCGCGCUGCCGACGCGGAUCAGGCGAGCACGACCCUCCGUUCCGCACUCCUCCGCGCUGCUGACGCGGAUCAGGCGAGCGCGACCCUCCGUUCCGCCCUCCUCCGCGCUGCCGACGCGGAUCAGGCGAGCGCGACCCUCCGUUCCGCCCUCCUCCGCGCUGCCGACGCGGAUCAGGCGAGCGCGACCCUCCGUUCCGCCCUCCUCCGCGCUGCCGACGCGGAUCAGGCGAGCGCGACCCUCCGUUCCGCCCUCCUCCGCGCUGCCGACGCGGAUCAGGCGAGCGCGACCCUCCGUUCCGCCCUCCUCCGCGCUGCCGACGCGGAUCAGGCGAGCGCGACCCUCCGUUCCGCCCUCCUCCGCGCUGCCGACGCGGAUCAGGCGAGCGCGACCCUCCGUUCCGCCCUCCUCUGCGCUGCCGACGCGGAUCAGGCGAGCGCGACCCUCCGUUCCGCCCUCCUCCGCGCUGCCGACGCGGAACAGGCGAGCGCGACCCUCCGUUCCGCCCUCCUCCGCGCUGCUGACGCGGAUCAGGCGAGCGCGACCCUCCGUUCCGCCCUCCUCCGCGCUGCCGACGCGGAUCAGGCGAGCGCGACCCUCCGUUCCGCCCUCCUCCGCGCUGCCGACGCGGAUCAGGCGAGCGCGACCCUCCGUUCCGCCCUCCUCUGCGCUGCCGACGCGGAUCAGGCGAGCGCGACCCUCCGUUCCGCCCUCCUCCGCGCUGCCGACGCGGAUCAGGCGAGCGCGACCCUCCGUUCCGCCCUCCUCCGCGCUGCCGACGCGGAUCAGGCGAGCGCGACCCUCCGUUCCGCCCUCCUCUGCGCUGCCGACGCGGAUCAGGCGAGCGCGACCCUCCGUUCCGCCCUCCUCCGCGCUGCCGACGCGGAUCAGGCGAGCGCGACCCUCCGUUCCGCCCUCCUCCGCGCUGCCGACGCGGAUCAGGUGAGAACUCGUCCCUGGGCACUUCAUAUCGCAUCUCCGCUCGCCCCCGCUGCUGCUCUGACGAAUGAUUCGCCUUCGCUCGCGCGUCCUGGCUGCUUCCAUGCUGCCGCUCUACCCCUGGCGAAGGUGACCACGCGUCACGCCUUCCUCUACGUGGCCGAUGCGGGUCUGGCGAGCGUAAUUCAUCACUUCGCCUUCCCCCUCCCAGCCGAUGCAGAUCUGGCGAGCAUAACCUGUCGCCUCGCUUUCCUCCGCACAUGUGAUGCAGUUCUGAUGCAUGCGGCCCCUCUUUUCGCCUUCCUUCGUCCUGCCGAUGCGUAUCUAGAGGAUGAUCUUCUUCCGCACGCUCAUACGUCAUGGUGCUCCCGCGGUCUCCUCCACCGCGACGGCGCUCCCCUUCUCCCGGCGAGCCUGGCGCUCCCGAAUCUCGGCGACGUCGUCCGCCGCCUCCCUCUUCUCGUCGUCCAUCAAGCCGCCACGGAUCGCCGCCCGUCAUGGCAGAUCCCGAUCCGUCCAGAAGGAAUGGGAGGACACCCAGCAGGAAGAAGCUACAGCAGUGGAGCAGCGUGGAAGGAGCAGCCACCCAGGACUCACAUUGCCGCUUGCUUGCUGGGCCUAUGCCUUCCCCUCCUGAGAAAUUCGACAGCAGGAGGGGAAGACACAGGCCGUCCAGCAGGAAGAAGCUACAACAGUGGAGCAGCGUGGAAGGAGCAGCCUCCCAGGACUCACAUUGCUGCUGGGCUUCUGCUGCGGAAGGAGCGACCUCUGAGUCGACUCAAAAGGCGUCUGCUGCCCCCCCCCCCCCCCCAGUUCCCCUCCAUCGUCCCUGUUCCCCCCCACCCCACGCAUCCAAUAGGCUUUUGCUUCUGUCAUCCCUCUCCCCCACCACACAGCCAACAGGCAGACGCCAUAGCAGCAGACGCCACGGCAGUGGGCAGCAUUCGCUACCCGGGGCUCACAUCGCUGCUGGGCUUCUGCUGUCCGCGCUUGUUCUUCUCCUCUCCUCUUGUCCCUCACGGUCACCCCACCCGCCAUCACACCCAACAGGCAGACGCCACGGCAGUGGGCAGCAUUCGCUACCCGGGGCUCACAUCGCUGCUGGGCUUCUGCUGUCAGGGCGAGCACCGGCUGCUCAUCUCUGACUUCAUGCCCAACUGCACGCUUGCUCAGCACCUGUUUCAUUGGGAGCAGCGCCCCAUGUCCUGGCUAGCCAGGCUGGCAGUGGCCGUGCAUGUGGUGCAAGCACUGGAGCAUCUGGGGCAGGAGGGAGCAGCGGCUCAUGUCCUGGCUGGCCAGACUGGCAGUGGCCGUGCAAGGGAGCAACGCCCUAUGUCUUGGCUGGCACGGCUGGCAGUGGCCAUGCGUGUGGUGCAAGCACUGGAGCAUCUGGGGCGUGAGAAGGGCAUACUCAGUGACACUCCUCCCCACCGCAUUUCACACCCUGCUUGCCUGUUCUCAGGGGAGCAACGCCCUAUGUCUUGGCUGGCACGGCUGGCAGUGGCCAUGCGUGUGGCGCAAGCACUGGAGCAUCUGGGGAGGGAGAAGGGAAUGCCUGUGUAUCAUGACCUUAACCCUUACAAAGUGCUGCUGGAUAAGGACAAUGAACCCAAGCUUUCAUGCUUCGGCCUCAUCAAGCCUCUCAAGGACGGUCGCUACAGCUCCAAUCUGGACUAUCUACCUCCUGAGCAGCUGUUACAUGGGAGGGUGACAGCAGAGAGUGUGGUGUACAGCUUUGGACUCAUCCUCCUGGCUCUCUUUAGUGGCAAGAGCAUUCGCCCCACACAGUUCCUGGAGAUGGUGGAGGAGAAGCAGGAUCUAUCCCUCCUGCUAGACAGCAACCUCCUUUCGCACGCACCAAGUGUGGAAUUUGCUCUCGAGCUCGUCCCCCUCAUUGCCGAGUGCCUUAAAAAGGACCCGGCGGAUCGCCCACCGAUGGAUAGCAUUGCAGAGUUUCUUGGGAUACUGGACGACCGCAGCAGGGGCAUCGGCAAUUCACUCGGCCUUGCGGGAGAGGGAGAGGAGAGGGAGGAGGCCGGCGCUUCUGCUGCCACUGCUGCUGCAGCGUCACCGUUGGCCCGUGCUGCCAUGGAAGGGGACUGGGAGGUGCUGCAUCGGAGGCUGGUCACUGUGUCAUUCACACCGCCACAGGAGCCAUCGUUUGAGGUGUGGAAUGCCGAAAUACAGGAUCUAGUGUCGUCAAGGCAGAGGGGAGACAAGGCGUUCAAGAGCCAGCAGUGGGAGGAGGCCAUUGCUCUCUACACCAAGUUCCUCAAGUGUGACUCGCCCCCGAUCCCCGUGCUGUUUGCGCGGCGUUGCUUGUCGCAUCUGCAACUGGGGCACUGGGAGGAAGCUUACCAGGACGCCCUACAGGCCCAGCAGUCCAAACCCCCGUGGCCUGAGGCAACCUACCUAGUAGCUGCUGCACUGAUUCGAUUGGGAAGAGCUGACGAGGGGCAGGAGAUGAUUGCUGCGGGCCCCAACCCAACUCUCGAGCGAACAUCGGGGCGCGAUAGUCACUCAGAGCUCAACAACGCCGCCUCAUCUUCCCUGCCUCCUCGCAUCGUGGCUCCGCAGGAAACGCCGAUUGCGGUGCAGCGUCGUUGGCCAUCCGCGCAAUAUCUCUUCCCCGCCAUCCCCGCGCCCCCUCCCCCGAACUCUUCCGCCGAUGCUUCCACCGCAGCUGCCUCCGCUUCACUCUUCCAAAACUGGCAACGCAAUAACGGGGCGGACGAUAACGAGGACGCGCUACCAGUGGUGACUAUAGCGGGGCCUCGACUAUGGGAAGUGCCCGGACGGCAACCAGAGAAACCCGCUAAACUAUCUGCCACGUCAGCAGCUACAACCUCUGCCACGUCAGCGGCUACAACCGCCGCUGCUGAUACAGCAGCGUCAGGUUCGUCGGGGUCCACUAGACGACCCAGUGGCGAGGAACUAUAUAUCGUGUAUUUCAGAAACGUGCCGUCCGUUAUAGACUAUAAGGGCGGCAUCCCCGGGUUUGCUGCUACAGCCGCUCCUGCUACAGGCGACGGUCUUACUGCCUCUGCUGCUACAGCCGCUACAGAUGAUGAUGCUGAUGAUGCUGGGGAGAGCUUGGAGGCUGGAUACGAUUCGGAUGCUACAGGGGCCCCGUAUGCUACAAAUGGUGCUGCUGGCGCAGGCGGAAGGUCCGCAGGCGCAAGCAGCGGAGGCGCAAGGAGCACAGGGGAAGCGAUAACAGGACUUCUAAACGCUUCAGUGGCAUCAAUCGCAACAGCAGGAGCAGGAGGAGUAGGAGGAGGAAGACGAGCAAGAUCAAGGGCAGCAGCAAGCAGAGCAGCGGCGGCGGCGGCGGCGGUGCAGGCGAUGGGGGCGCUGGACGGGCCGCGCGGCAGCAGGCGCGCGGACGAGCGCGAGAGCGACGUGCGCGCGUUCGCGCAGUUCGUGGGGGGCGUGCAGCAGCACAUGCUGCAGGCCGUCGGUAUUCCCAAGAAUCGCAUCGUGCACAGCUACCGCUACGUGUUAAACGGAGUGAGUAUCAAGCUGACCCGUUCAGAGGCCCAUCGCUUGCAGCGACACGAGUCAGUUCUCAAGGUGGAAAGAUCCCAAACGGUCUCUGUUCAGACCAUCCACACGCCGCAGUUCCUGCAGCUGCCCUCUCGCGUGUGGCCGAGCGUGGGCGGGAGGACCAAGGCGGGCAACGGCAUGAUCAUUGGGAUCGUGGAUACGGGCAUCUGGCCUGAACACCCCAGCUUCAGCGACAAGGGCUACCCCCCCGUGCCUCCCCGCUGGCGUGGCAAGUGCACGACCACGAGCGACUUCAAGGGCUGCAGCAAGAAGAUCAUUGGCGCACGCUACUUUGCCGAGGGGCUCGUGGCGUCUGGUGGGGUUGUGGACCCCUCCACCGAAUAUCUCUCUCCCAGGGACGCCAGUGACCACGGCACGUGGUGUGCGGGGGCCGCAGCAGGCAACCCGGUGAAAGUAUCCGGAGGAGGGGUGCAGUUCGGUACAGCGAGUGGCAUGGCACCCAGAGCACGGAUAGCAGUCUACAAGGCCAUCUGGGUGCAGGGCAAGCUGGCCGUUGGAUCGGACUCGGACGUGUUUGCAGCCGUUGAUCGCGCGGUGGCGGACGGUGUGGAUGUGCUGAGCAUGUCAGUGGCAAUCAACGAGGAGACCUACUUCAAGCACCUGGCGAUGUUAAGGGCUGCUAGGGCAGGGGUGUUUGUGUCACUGGUAGCGGGCAACAGCGGGCCUCCCCCAGCAAGCCCCAAGCUCUAUCGCACGCUCACCAACCUCUCGCCUUACUACAUAACUGUUGCAGCCAGCACGUCCAGCCAAGCCUGGCCGCCCCAAGCCCGGCUGUCGCUGGGCAACAGGCAGAGCUACCUGGGGGAGACACUCCUGGGCGGCAGCACUGCCACGCGCCGCCUGCCUCUGGUGGAUGGCAAGACAGCCGCGGCUGCCGGGUACACGGCUUCUCAAGCCGAAGCCUGCGUGCCCUACUCCCUCUCUCCUUCCAAGGUGCGAGGCAAGAUCGUGGUGUGCUGCACGGGAUUCUCCUACGCGAGUGAGAAGGCAGCAGAGGUGGCGAGGGUGGGCGGGCGGGCGAUCAUUGUGGUGCCAUAUGCGAAUGGGGAGGGCGCAGUGAAGGCCGUGGCCUUGGGAUUGCCAGGGCUGUUCCCUGUGUUCUGGAAGGGCAAGGCCAUUCGCGAGUAUAUUCGCAGCACCCCCAAUCCCACCGCAACCCUCUCGGCGCUCUUCCUACCCAAGCAGGUGGCUCCCGAAAUGGCCGUCUUUUCAGGCGCAGGUCCCUCCGUCAAUCCCGCUGCAGGCUUCUACGACAGCAGCAAGGUCACCAACGCCAUCUUAAAGCCCGACAUCACCGCGCCGGGCGUCUCUCUCCUCGGACCCAUGGCCGCGGGUCUGCGUCGGUGGAGCCGCCCACUUCUGGAUUUUCAAGGAGCAGCAGAACGAGCGGAGAGCAGGCAAGCGGAGAAACAGGCGAGCGGAGAAGCAGGAGCGGAGAAACGGGCGAGCGGAGAAAAGGAGCGUAGAAACGGGCGAGCGGAGAAAAGGAGCGUAGAAACGGGCGAGCGGAGAAACAGGAGCGUAGAAACGGGCGAGCGGAGAAAUAGGAGCGUAGAAACGGGCGAGCGGAGAAACAGGAGCGUAGAAACGGGAGCGGAGAAACGGGCGAGCGGAGAAACGGGCGAGCGGAGAAACAGCGACCGGAGAAACGGGCGAGCGGAGAAACGAGCGAGCGGAGAAACAGGAGCGGAGAAACGGGUGAGGCGCUUGGACUUUCAACGAACAGCAGGCGAACGGAGGGGCAGACGAGCAGGGCAGGAGGUGAGCGGAGCAGCAGACGAGCGGAGCAGCAGACGAGCGGAGCAGCAGACGAGCGGAGCAGCAGGCGAGCGGAUCAGCAGGCGAGCGGAGCAGCAGGCGAGCGGAGCAGCAGGCGAGCGGGGCAACAGGCAAGCGGAGCAACAGGAGAGGCUCUUUUCGGUUAUGGAUGCUAGUACUCACGAAACCUCCCCUGUUGAAGCACGAGCGCCAGCAGCAGCUUCGUCGGCCGCGUCAAUGGCGGCUUCCGCCGUUUCCUCCUUGAGCGCCGGCGCCUCCGACUCUUCCGCCGCAUCUACCGCCGCUAUUUCAAUCGAGGAGUCGCCUCACGGUCGAACCGCGUCCCCGUGCGCCGCGUGCAAGUUCCUUCGGCGGAAAUGCACGGCGGAGUGCGUUUUCGCGCCGUACUUCCCGCCGGACCAGCCGGGGCGAUUCGCGAACGUUCACCGCGUGUUCGGCGCGAGUAACGUCACGCGGAUCCUGGCGGAGCUUCCGCCGGAGCUGCGCGGAGACGCGGCGAAUAGCAUGGCGUACGAGGCGGAGGCGCGAGUUCAGGACCCGGUGUACGGCUGCGUGAGCGCGAUUUCGUUACUGCAGCAGCACGUCGUUCAUCUGCAAACGGAGCUGCUUGUAGCGCAGCAGGAGCUUUCGGGGCUGCAGCGCGAGCUAGAAGCUUCCGCGCAGGCAGCGCAGGCGCAAGCAUCACAGGCGCAGGGGCAGGCGCUUCACCUUUCCGCUGCAGCUGUUCCUGCGCCAGCCCAGACACCUGUACCAACCACUGCCGCCAAUCCCCCCCCCGAGUCAGCCAUGACCCAAGAGCCUCCCGCAUAUCCCCCAACCCACACAACCGCAACCAACCCCCUCUCUUUCCCCACUGACCCCUCUGCCCUCUCUGCCCCCGCUGUCCCCACUGCCCCCACUGCUGUCCCUUCUGCCCCCUUCGCCACUGCUCCCUCUUUUGCGGUCCCCGCUGCUGCUGCUGCUGCCGCUGCCCCUUCUGUAGCAUGCGCAUCCCAAGCAGCGGCAGCAGCAGCCGCAGCGGCAGCAUCAGCUCCAGACGCCUCUGUUCCACCUCCAUUGCUGCUGAACUCUGUAACAGGUGCUGUGGAAGGAGGUGCUGGUGUGCCGCUAAUGCAUGCCUCGUUUGAGUCUCAAACGCCCUCGCCUGCUGGUACUGCAAUUGUGACCUCAUUACAAGCUGCUCCUGUUGCUGCAUUGCAGCCUGCCCCUGUCUCUGUGCUGUAA